CAUUGGGAUAGACAAAUAUUUAAGGGGGUACUAGUUCCAUGCCCCUUGAAGUAAAGCCUUGAAAAUUAACACAGAAUUGAUUUGGCACCACUGUGACCCAGUCUCAAAAAAACUAAGUUGUGAACUGUACAAAACUGGAAUUUAGUGCAGGGCUGCCAUUUCUGAAACUGCUUAUAUCCAUGGCCAGCACACAGACUCUAACUUGGUGGAAGGAGCAGAAAACCUGGACCCCCGAGCAAUGGAAAAAAAGCUCAUGUCAUCUUUCAUCCUAUGGCCUACAUCCGGAUGUGUUUACAUUUGGAGAUAUCCAAAGAAUCCCAUCAGCCCUCAAUGUCUGCUGCCAACUGCUAAACAUGGCGGGGCAUCCAUAAAGGCAUCUUGUGGGAUUCAAUGUGUCAACUGAUUGCUCUGCAUGGUCACAUAAUAGCCAAGGAAAAUGAGGACAUUUUACAGGACCAGGCGCACCUUAUGGUGCAAACACUUACCUCACGAUGUUCCAAUAUUCCAGGAUGAUUAUUCCCCCAUACACACUGCUAAACAAAUUCAAGAUUUGUAAAUGAAUACCAGGAUGACAUCAAAUACCUUCCAUGGCCUUCUCAAUUGCCAGAACUGAACUUCACUGAAACUUUAUGGCAAGUUGUGGAGUGCACAAUGCAAAGACGUCCACUUCCUCUGUCCCUAAAGAACUGGAAGCUGUUCUUGAAGAAUGCUGCAAUAUCCCACUACACACAUUACAGAAUUUGUGUGACAGCUUCCCAAGAAGGAUUGGGGUUGCCAAUCCAAAGAGUUUUCCUACUCCUUAUUUGGUAAUUGAUAUGAAUACAUUGUUGGCUGCUUCUGUUAUUUUGACCUCUCCUUGUACAUUUUACCUGGCAAACCAGCAAUUUGCAGUGUUUCAUCUGCGUUCAUGUAAUGUCAUUGUUUCUGUUUUGAAGCUGGUUUGCUUAUCUUUUAUUCAAAGGAAACCGUUGAUCUGAAAUGGCUUGCUUUUGUAACGCUUGUUUACAUUAUCGACAUUGUUGACGCAUGCGCAGUUUACUUCAGCACAGACGAGUGAGUAUUGAAACUACACAAUGGCGCUGAUUUUAAACAUGUUGACAAGGAGUUGUGGAAAGUUAAUCACGACUACACGUUUAAGGCACCACUCCAGUUUAACAGCUGAACUUAUUAACAACAUGGACAAAAAAGCAACAUGGGACCGGUUCUACACUGAAAACAACAGUGAGGCAGCCAACUUCAAGAAUUUUGAGUGGUUCUUUGGGUUCGACGCCAUCCGGGACUUCGUCCUGCCCGUGUUGUAUUCCCGACCCAAGUCGGAGGCCUCACUACGUAUCCUUGACAUGGGCUGUGGUACCUCUGCCCUGGGACCCAGUGUGUAUAGGGAGUCUGUCUGGCCAGUGCAGGUCACCUGUGCUGACAUCUCCCCUGUUGCUGUGCGCCUCAUGCGGAACCACACAAAAACCAAAGCCGUGCAGCCGCAGAACAUUUCCUCCAAGCUGGACUUUUUAGAACUGGACUGCACUCACCUCCACGAGCACUACGUUUCUGAGAGCCUGGACCUAAUUCUAGACAAAGGCACCAUAGACGCCUUGCUCCGGUCCAGGGAUGGGGGAGCCAAGGCCAGCCAGGUGCUGAAGCAGUGCCUAAUGGCCCUGAGGAACUCAGGGUCUCUCCUCCAGUUCUCAGAUGAGGACCCCGAUUCCAGAAUGUUGUGGCUAGAGAGAGAGGCUCGGGAACCGGGGCUGAUUGCGGCCGACGUGGGUGUUCAGGAAGUGGGUGAGCUGAGGGGCGUCACGUAUUACUGCUACCAAGUCAGUCCUCGUCCUGCUGCACAGUAGCUAGGCUGCUAGAUUUUAUUUAACCGUCUGUGAUGCUUCCUAUCGCGCACCAGUCAGGGAGUGAUCUUUGGUUGUUGUUGUUUAUUUUUUGACUUGACAAAAUGCUUUUAUUUUUAUUCAUAAGAACAGUGCAAUCUAUGCCUCCGGUUAUGGGAAGUCAUCACCAUUUGGCGAAAGUAAACA